GUGGCCAGACCACGGGUGUGUGAGCCGGGUGCAGUGUGUGACGCUACUGUGUGUGCUCGUUCUCAGACACAGGCGUUAGGAGUCAGUGCUGUGGCCCCAGGAGUCAGUGCUUUGACCUAACGAGUCAGUGCUGUGACCUAAGGAGUUAGUACUGUGACCUAAAGAAUCAGUGUUUUUGUGCUUUGAUUUCACGGAUUUUUCUGACAACUGCUGUCUGUUAUGAUCCGCACAUCGAUUGAUAAAAAAGCCGUUGGAGUGCACACACUUUAGUUUUGUUGAUAGAUUCAUGAACCUGGACCAUCUGCCCAUCUGCCCGUGCUGUAGAGGCAUAUCUGUGCCAGGCACCAGGUCACGUGUUCGUCUGCUGACGGCCAUGACGUAACGUGCUGACACAGUUUUAAGACACCACCAACAAACCGGAAGCUGCGUCAAGGCAUGACUGCUUGCAGUAUUUCAGUCAGACCGUCCAACGAGUGACCGUCCAGUGAGUGACCGUCCAGUGAGUGACCGUCCAACAACUGGCCGUCCAGCCACACCGCAUACGUCAUCAAACCAUGUGUUCCAAGUGCCGUCCUGUGCAAGUCAAGCAUAGCCUGCUCUGUCCUGCCCGCCCCACCCCCGGGCAGCGUGACGUUCUGACAGCAAACGACAAGGGACACCACCCGCUUCCAGACGAUGACUCUCCUUCAGGCAUGUUACUGGUGAUCUCCCCUAAUCAAGAUUGUGGCCUCUCUAACGGAUAUGAGCAGGUUAUAUCUGAGCUUGUGGGGUCAAGUCCCCAAGCUCAUGCCAAAGGCCUUCGUCAGAGUGCAAGCAAAACGUCCAUUUGUCCGGCCAGUGCGUGUCUGCAGGCGUUGCUAGUCUACGUUUGUCUGAUGACGUGUGUAGGAUACUCUGGUACUCACGCCAAGCCUGUGGACGCCAGGUACAGGGAGGUGCACGUCAACGCUGUGAAAUACCUGGGACAGUUUGGUUACCUGAAAGGUCCAUCACGUGAGACACAGAACUUGAUGAGUCAAGAUGACCUCAAGAAGGCCAUCAAGGCACUGCAAAAGGCAGGCGGUGUACCUGAGACAGGUGUGAUUGACCACAGAACUCAGGUGCUGAUGGGCCGGGCCAGGUGUGGGAACACGGACGACUUUGUGGAGGAGCCCAAGGGAGAGCAUGACUACCGCAUACGGCUCAGGCGAUACACCACCGGCAGUUCCAAGUGGCCGAGGACAAACUUGACCUUCAGGUUUGUCAACUACACCCCAGACAUGCCUGUGGUGAAAACAAGAGAGUUAAUCAGUGCUGCCCUGAGAGUGUGGAGUGAUGCUACACCUUUGUCUUUUAAAGAAGUGCUGGAUCCAUCAGCUGAUAUUGAGAUCAUGUUUGCCAGUCACUUCCACCAGGAUGGCUACCCUUUUGAUGGCAAAGGUAUGGUGUUAGGUCAUGCGUUUUUCCCAGGAGCUGGGAAAGGUGGAGACACACAUUUUGAUGAUGAUGAAAACUGGACCACAAACUCCACUGAUGGUGUUGACCUGUUCAUGGUGGCUGCCCAUGAGUUUGGCCAUGCCCUUGGUUUAGCCCACAGUGGUGACCCCAGUGCUUUGAUGUAUCCCUGGUACAUGGGCUUUGAGGGGAAAUUUAAACUGCCAGAAGAUGAUUUAAGGGGCAUCACUAGUCUGUAUGGCACUGGUGAAAAAGAUAACAAUCUGCCAGGAGUAGACCUAAUCAACAGCAAUGGGGAGAGAAUUCCUACGGUCACAAAAAGUGCAAUUGAUCCAACUGUCAUACCUAAAGAUUCUCAACCUCCUGACCCUUGCAAGAGCCAUUUGGAUGCUAUCACAAUCUUCAGAAAUGAAAUCUUUAUUUUUAUUGGAAAGUGGUUCUGGCGGCUAGACUCAAGGAGAAUGAUCCCAAGGCCCAUUGGAAUCCAUCAGUUUUGGUACAACUUACCUCACUCAGUGGAGAAAAUUGAUGCAGUAUUUGAAAGGCCGGAUGGCAAACUCGUCUUUUUCUCUGGUGAUCGGUAUUGGGUGUAUAACGCCAACCAUUUAAGUGCUGGGUUCCCAGCAGAAGGAAGACCUCUGACAGAUUUCAGUAUCCCAGCUGAUGUACCACGGAUAGAUGCAGCCUUCAUUUGGGGCUACAACAAACGCACUUACUUAGUCAGUGGGGACAUGUAUUGGAAGAUGAACGAAAACAACACAUUUGUAGAGUAUGAUUAUCCUAGGGACAUGCGCACUUGGAAGAAUGUUCCAGUGCCACUGGAUGCAGCCUUUAAUGAUUAUCAUGGUGUAACCUACUUCUUCCAAGGCCUGAUGUUUUAUGAGUUCUAUGAUCCUAAAAUGCACGUAAAAGUGGGUUACCCAAAGCAAAUCUCAACCCAUUGGCUCAACUGUGGACCCAACUCCGUCAUACAGAAUGUAACUAGUACUAGUACAGAGAACGACAGUUCUAGAGAAAAACACUCAAGUUUAUUACUACUGGUGCUCUUGUUAUGUUACAAAAUCAUUUUCUUUUGAUAUUUAUAGUUUAGACUUGUUCAAAAGUAGAUUCUUCAAUUAUCUAAGCCAAUCAUCUAAUGAUAUUUAAUAUAUGUGCUUUCAAAUUUGAGCCAUCCACUUUGUAUCAAAUGUAUAUUUACAUUAAAUACAAAUCCUAUACCCUUUAUCUUGAUAACUAGCCCAAACAAAGGCCUUGAAGCUAUAUUGUAAAUGCAUUUUUCCCAUCCUGACAUUUUGGCUUGCCUUUUUUCUGGUAACUGACACAUCAUUUCAUCUCCAGUAGCAAGGAAAGAUAACUCAUGUAUGAGCAGGGACUAAGGUUUUUCUGUCUCAUCAGACAACUGGAGGUGUUGAUAUUUGUCUGAUUUUUCCCUGGCCAGUUUGAAGCUGUACCUGCUAGUUGUCAUACUUGAAGUCAUGUGAUCUCUGGUUCUAGUCUAGGCUACCUAUAGGGUGACAUGUUUAGAUCACACUUGGUCUGCAACUGGUUUGCAAAUGGAAUACCAAGAUGUAUUGACAAGCAGAGUUUUGGCUGCUGGCUGUAAACUAAAUUCCUGACACAAGUCAUGACCAUAUAGUAAGAGUGAGCUGUAUGAUUGAUUGCACACACACUGAGUAGAUGUCCAAGUCAGUCUGCCCACCUUGAUUUGACUGUGUACAGUGUAUGAUCACCAAGCUCGCCUUUCAUACCUAGUCAUAUUUACACAUUACUAACUAGAAAGAUAUUACCAUUCAAAAUAAAAACGGGGCACUUAAUAUUAUUGUUGAUUUCCACAUUUGCAGCCCUCAAUUGGUUUUUCAUUAAUUAUCAAUCAUCUUGCCAUGUACACCAUUUCAGAAGCCCCACUAGCCAGUUGGUGUAUUUCGGGGAGGGCUUGCUUUGCUACAAUGCUUUGUUUUUUUUUUGCUUAGUGUUUGAACUCAUUUAUUUGACAACGCCUUUAAUUGGGAGGAGCAUUCAACCAGUAAUAAAAACAAAGCCAUAUCAUUUGAACUAACACUGCCCAGAAUCGUUUACAUUUUUAAUUUCCUAUUUGAAUAAAAAAUAUUAUUUGUUUUGUAUUAUUAUUGAUGAGUUAUAAAAUAUGAAUAUUUGAUCAAUUUAUUUAUAUUUACGUGUCCAUUUUAAAACUAGUCAAACUAUUUUGUUCCACCACUAGGGGGCUGCUAGAAAGUAAUUCAGUUCUAGAUUUUCUCUUUAUGAUACUCCCUGUGUGUAUGAAUCAGGUUUUUGUCAUUUUGGUCUUGUUGUCUUUCACUGAUAUGAUAUCAAUUGACCUUAUAUUUGCACAGUGUUGUGUACAUUUGUUUUGUGUAAAUAUAAUCUCUGGUUCUUUAGGCUGUACAAUUUAAGGUUUAAAAAUCAAUUUUUAAAAUGUACAAAAAGAUAAAUAUCUCAAAUUUUUUGAACAAUUCCUGUAUUCAAACAUAAUUAUUAAAUGAGUGGCAUAUAUGACAAUUUAAACUUCUACCCAUUUGUACCUUUCUUAUUGGAUAAAAGAGGUCUACAUUUAUAAUCUCUAAAUCAGACAGUAACCAGAUGCUGCAGUGUGUGACUUCAGUUUUGUUAAGAAUAGAUAGAAUUAUUAGAACCAAAGCCAGUCCAUCUUUAGAUACAAAUAUUUGUUGCCAUUUAAUCUGGUUUUAAAAAAAAUGAUUAGCUGUUUUUACAAUAACAGAUAUAGCAUCAGUACAAAAUUAACACACUGUCCAUUCCCUAUUUAUUUAUUAAACUUGGUCCAUUGUUUAUUAUUAAAAUCAUCUGGAAAUUCUUGUAUAUUAUAUCAAAACAAUACUCUAUGUCAAAUUAUUUAUUCCAACUUGUAAUUAAAUGUAUUGGUUGCUUGCAAAUAGAAAUACUAUACAUAUACACAUUUUAGUUUUUGAGGUAUGUUAUUUAUAUAUGUAUUUGUAUAUAUACUUUACAUAUAUACACAUAUAUAUAUAAUCUUAAAUACCUAUAUAUUACACCCCUAUCUCUCUCUUUUUAUAUAUUGUAUUCUAUGCUCUGAUUUGUAAACAAUCCACAGUAGAAAAAUAUCAUUUUGACAUUUUUUUCAAUAGAGUAAUCAGAUGAAAUUAGUUGCCAACAUCUACCUUUGCUUCAAGUUUGGUAUUUUUGUUACAUAUUAGAGUAGUGGUGGUGUGGCUGUUAUGUUGGAAUUUAUGGGCCUUAAAACUUUUUUAAUUUUAUGGCAGUGUUUGAACUGGUGUAUAGGCUGUCAUUUUCUUUUAACUUCAAAUAAUAAACAAACAGCCUAGUAGUAGAAUACCAUUUCAGAGAGUUAACCAAAGGAGCUGAUAUAUUCAUGAUUGUGUCAACUUCCAUUACUCAUGUACCUAACAGUGCUGGAUCUGCAGACCAAACCUGUAUGUGAGGCUAGAUCUAGCUAAAGCAAUCAAGAAAAUUCAUGCCCACAAAUUUCCUUUGGUAAGGUUUGGUCAGCUAAAGUAGGAUCUUACUUUUUAAAAUAUAGCGAGUACAAAAUUAACAUAAAUGCCAUUUGCAUAAAACCCAGCAAACUUAAUCCUCGAUAAACAACUAAGUAUGUGAUAUACUAAUAGCCUCAAUAAAAAAAAUUUUAAGGAUGCAAUAUAUUAAAAUACAAGUUGAACCAUUUGUUUGCAUUAAAAGUUUUGGGCUAUUGUAACUUUAGAAAUAAUCUCAAGUUUUAGUAGGAUACUAUGACAUAGCACUAUUGUGAACUACAUUGUAACUGAACCAAUGACUGUCAUUAUUUCAAAUGGGAGCAAUCCAACUUCAUGAAUGCAGCAUUGCUAUAAACUGCUCUAUGUGCUUUUUUACCACAUUUUAAUUUACUUAAAUGUAGUCUAAGCUUUUAAUUGUAUUUAUUUGUAUGACAAGUUCUACAUGAUGAUUUACAUCUAGUGUGUGUCCUGCUUUUAUUGUCAGCUAUUGAGGUGAAAGGAAUUAAAGAUUGACAAAAACUCUU